GAUUGGUCUUUACUGUGUUUCCGGUGGGGCAGCCAUCCAAGGACUGGGGAAAAAGAAGCGGAGAGUUUCUGUCAGUGCUAGUAGAAAUAAGUAAGAAAAACAAGCAGCGAGAAAGCUUUAUACGGUCUAGAUUUACAGGUAAGAAUGGCGUCGGGCAGUACCAGCAGUGAUGAGGAGAGAAGUCUGCGGGAAUGUGAGCUGUAUGUCCAGAAACACAACAUCCAGCAGCUUCUCAAGGACUGCAUUGUCCAGCUGUGCACGUCGAGACCAGAAAGGCCAAUGGCAUUUCUCAGAGAGCUCUUUGAGAGACUGGAGAAGGAGGAGGCCAAGCAAAUUCUGAUCCAGCAGAAGUCAAACUCUCGUUCUGACUCGCGGGAGGAUGAGAUCUCUCCGCCACCACCCAUGAACCCUGUGGUGAAGGGGCGGCGGCGUCGUGGAGCCAUCAGUGCUGAGGUCUACACUGAAGAAGAUGCUGCCUCCUAUGUCAGAAAGGUUAUUCCUAAGGACUAUAAGACUAUGGCUGCUCUGGCUAAAGCUAUUGAAAAGAAUGUUCUGUUUGCACAUCUUGAUGACAACGAGAGGAGUGACAUAUUUGAUGCCAUGUUUUCUGUCACUUACAUUGCUGGAGAGACAGUUAUACAGCAAGGUGAUGAAGGUGAUAACUUCUAUGUGAUUGACCAAGGUGAUAUGGAUGUGUAUGUAAACAACGAAUGGGUGACCAGCAUUGGAGAGGGUGGUAGUUUCGGAGAGCUCGCCUUGAUUUAUGGUACUCCCAGAGCAGCCACUGUAAAAGCAAAAACCAAUGUGAAACUAUGGGGCAUUGACAGAGACAGCUACAGGAGAAUAUUGAUGGGAAGCACCCUGAGAAAGAGGAAGAUGUAUGAAGAAUUCCUUACCAAAGUGUCAAUCUUAGAGUCUUUGGAUAAAUGGGAGCGCUUGACAGUGGCUGAUGCCUUGGAACCUGUACAGUUUGAAGAUGGGCAGAAGAUUGUGGUACAGGGAGAACCUGGGGAUGAAUUCUUUAUUAUUUUAGAGGGAUCAGCUGCUGUGUUGCAGCGCAGGUCAGAGCAUGAAGAGUUUGUGGAGGUUGGAAGACUGGGGCCAUCUGAUUAUUUUGGUGAAAUCGCCCUGUUAAUGAAUCGUCCCCGUGCUGCCACUGUUGUAGCUCGUGGCCCCUUGAAGUGUGUGAAGCUUGACCGACCUCGAUUUGAACGUGUCCUGGGUCCAUGUUCAGAUAUUCUCAAACGAAACAUCCAACAGUACAACAGCUUUGUCUCGCUGUCUGUCUGAGGAUUUUUAGCCCACCCCCUCCCUUAAUGCAGGGUCCAUAAAUGCAGUCUUCUUUGUUUCACAUUUACAACACCCACCUGUCCACCAGCAUCACUGCUUCCUUGUCUGUUUAUAUGUACCCUGUGCAACGUCUUCUAUGCAUAAGCUUUAUAUCCUUUCAACAAUGCAGCAUUUCUAGUAUUAAAAAAAAAAAAAAUUCCACUCACCUCGUGUGCAGAUAAGAAUAGUCAAAACGGUUUGACUUAUGAAAGAUUGCAGUUGCUGUAUGAAGCUUCAUUAUAAAAGCUAGAAAUAGAUCAAGAAUAACAGCAGAAAAUACAAAAACGUUGUGUUUCAAGGCUAAAAACCUUUAAGAGCCUUUGCAUACAAAAAAAUGAUGUUUUAGUAUUUUUAAAUUUGGUGUCUGUAACUGAAAAUAAGUGAGCUGCUGCAUUUACACAUUUUAAUGGUUUAUUUGAAGGGUACUUAAACAUAGUGUCACCAGUAGGACCUUUGUGAGAUUUUCUGUUAUGUUAUUUUAAUAGUUGCAUAUAUAUUAGAUUUUAAGUUACUCUAUUGGAUUUUUUGCACAGUUCCAGUGGUUAAAACACAACAAACCUGUAAACAAUGUUACUUUGCACCUGUUGGUUUUCAUGGCUGCAUUGUGCUUCAAUAUUGUUGUAUUUCUGAAAUGUGAUCUAUCAGUUCUUUAGGAAUGAAAAUAUUUUUUAAUCCUCCUGUUCUUUAAAAAAAAUCUACUGUGUUUGUUUUAAAUAGUUUAUUGGCCCUCUUCCAAAAAAUCUAAAGCUUUGGGGUACGAUUCAAAUGUAAAAUAAAUAAUUUAUUACAUUAGGGCUUGGAGAAAUUUAGUGAGACAGUUCUGAUGGCAGAAUAUUGUAGUUUUCUGUUAAAUAUUUAGCUACCAAGCUAGUGCCAAAUAUUAAAUGAUGGUUCUUAGCAGCAGUGCAAGGCAUUAUCUAAAAAAGGGACGUUAUUUGUAACAGCAGAAGUACAGUUAAUUUUGUUGCUUUACAUCUACAGUACUCAGAAAUUACCUUUUAUUUGUACUUUUUUGGUGCUUGGUGAAUUUUAAAGCUGUUGAAUUGGCUGACAGCACUUGUCAUCACAUUUUUAACUUUGUAACUUUUUAUUACUUUUAAAGCGAACACUGUGCAGUGUAUUUAAAAUGUAUAGCAGUUUUAUAGUUGUGCUGGUGUGAAUUACAAAUAAAGGGGCACAGGAACUAUGAAAAAAAGAAUUGAAAUGUGUAUUGCUACCAAAAAGAUGUAGUAAUCAAUUACAAAUUUUAGCGAUAAAAUAUAAAUAAAUUAGUCAAAACUCUAAUAUUAAUUACUAUAAAAGGAUAUGCACAGCAUUUUUUUUUUUUUUUUUUUUUUUUUUUUUAUCUUGGACUUAAUCAUUUUAUUGCAGGUAUGACAAGGUGACUUCACCCCACUUAUCUGAAAGAAGGAAAAAGUCAUUAUUGAGUCUUAAAUGUAUUUAAGUAUUUACCAGCUUUGUGUUACAUUACUCCAUAUGCACCAGUGAUAUUGAGCAGUUUUUACAAAAUUCCGCGGUUCUAUAAUGUAUGUAAUCUAAAUAUAUCCUUUUAUGUAUAGAAUGUUCUAGAGUAGGGUUGUAGUUAGGAGGGAAGGCAAGUUCUAAACAAGUCUAAAGUACUUAAAUUAUAUAUAUAUAUAUUUUUUUUCAUAUUAGAUGCAGGGUGCCAUGGUUCUGCUCAUCAACACUGUCAGUUGUCAGCAAGGGGGAAAAGUAGUUGUACGUCUGUCAGGGUUGUCGUGGGUCAAAUGGUGAAAGUCUUAGAAAAAUAGUUAACAUUUAGUUAAUUGUGCAAAAGUUAGUUCGUCUUUCUGAUAACUCUUUAUAGAUUCAACCUGUGAAGAAUCUGUAUAUCCCAGAAACCAGGGGGAGAGUGUCUUAAUUCUUUGAAAAGCAUCAUCCAAGAAUUUCAACCUCCUGAAAUUCUGUUGUCAAUAGUGUAUCGAACCCCCUGGAAAACAAAUGUUGGCAUCUGUGCUGAUAACUUUGAUAUACUACUUCAUUGUCAGUAUUUUUCAAGCUGGGUGCUCUCUCAGAUUAAACCAUUCGUUUAUUUAGUUCCAGAACUAUGUUGUUGUAACUAUUGUAAGAUUUAUUAACAAAAAUGUCACUGAUUUAUAAAGUUAACAGACCCUGGUCCAAAAUAAUUCAUUUAAAAUAUAUAUAUGCUAGAGCUUUUUUUCCCUGUAGUGUGGAAAAUAUUUAAAUAUUUUUUUUGGCUUGCUAUUCACGCCCAGUAUCGUUUAUUAUGAUUAUUAUUAUUUACUGAAUUUAUGAUAGCAGUCGAUAAUUCUCAGUUAAAUAUUAAUCGCAGUUAUAGCUUUACCAGUGUGUGCAAUCAAAGUAUGUGUACAACAACAACAGUCGACAUAGUUUGCCUUAGCUAAUGUAAUCGGGCUUUUGAAAUGCCUUCUGCUAGCCCAACCUUUAGCAAGUUUGUGAUGUCUGCAGCCCCUAAAGAGCUGUGGAUGACCAGAGGACCAUUUUUUCUAUUGUUAUCCAAUAACUGUAUAAGGUUUGAUUUACUGUAUGUGCUAAAGUUAUAAUCCUUUUGGUAUAGAUUGUCCUAAUGGCAGGUCAAGCAAUAAAGAUUUAAAUUCUUA